GAAAGUCAACAGAUGCAAGCUUCGAGAACUUUGAGGAGAACUUGUCGCACUUGCAACUCGAAAACUCGAUGGUCGACAUUGCAAGCCAAAUCUUGAAACUCCGGGAGUUUACAGCUCGCCUACGCGGUCGCUGCAAUCGAAGAAAUGGUGAUGCCCCGGACAGUUUCCUGGAGGCCUUUGACGAAGUUUUCAGUGGCUACUGCAAGCUGAAUGAAGAGGUGAUCGAUUUGAUUGGCUCGCUGCUAGCUGGUUUCAGAGGCGACAAUCUCGAUGUUACGACCCCGGAGAUCAAAAUCAGGAUGUUGUUGCAUAUCGCAGAACAGCUCGGCCGUGAGCGCGGCUUUAUGUCCUUCCACAUAGGCCGUCCAGAGCUGAUCCGUUCGGUGAACGCGCAGCUGCGCUUUGCCAAGAUCCAGGGAUGCAGGCAAUAUUUGGUAGGCAGCUCAUCCCCAUACCUUCAGUGCGAAGUGGUUUCCACAGCAAAUGGACUUUUGCCUAGCUUGAGGCUGGCAGAUGAAGCAAUACUGAGUACCUCUGAGAUCCAAGCACUUGAACGGGCUGAGGAUUCCGUGAUGCAGGGCCAGAAGGACACCGCAGAGUGGUUCGCCUUUUUAACUGGGAUGAUCGACAAAGUACACCAGCAUGUGAGCAUGACGGUGGUGCUUUUCAUCCAAGAUUUGAGCACAACGCAAUCGUGGCAGGAGAACCACCAAAGUCCAUCAAUAUCUUCCGCUCCUUCUGAAUGUGGCCUACAAUCAACGCCCAGUGUUUUGGGCUCCAUGCGCGGAAGCCCUGGCAACUUGGGUGCGGGUCGAAUUGCCAGUUUGGAUGCCGACCGGCCAGCAAUGUCUGUAAGCCAAGCCAAACGAACAAUGUCCCCGACGGAGAAGUACGCAGCCCUGCUGCAGGCAGCCGCGAUCUUGCGCCGGGAGGAGGAGUAUAUUCCAGGUCUUCCUGACCUUGCAUCCACUAGCUUGGGUGGCUUUGCCAGUGUGGAGAGUAAUGGACGCACCAUGAGCACCAUGAGCAACAUGAGCGGUUUGGGUCCAUCGUCCUUGCUGCUGCAGAAGGAGCAGACCCCGGUGAAAGUGAUGCCGCUGAGUACGCCUGAAGCAACACCGAUUCAUCCUGGCAUUUGGAGUCAGAGCCGUCAAGGUGAACAUGUGCAGCGCAGCAUGCACAAAUGGGAGCUAGACCUGAUUCAGGAAAUCACCCUUCAUAACCUGGCAGAAUUAUAA